AUGGUCAGCUCCUGUUGUGGCUCUGUCUGCUCUGAGGAGGGCUGUGGCCAAGGCUGCUGCCGUCCCAGCUGCUGUGUGUCCAGCUGCUGUAGGCCCAGCUGCUGCCGGCCCAGCUGCUGUGUGUCCAGCUGCUGUAGGCCCACCUGCUGUCGCCCCAGCUGCUGCAGACCCUCCUGCUGCCAGCCUAGCUGCUGCCGCCCCAGCUGCUGCAUCUCCAGCUGCUGCCAGCCCUCCUGUGGUGGUUCCAGCUGCUGCAGUCCUUGCUGCCAGCCCUGCUGCCGCCCCUGUUGCCGCCCCUGCUGCUGCCUGCGUCCAGUCUGUGGUCAGGUCUGCUGCCAGAGCACUUGCUACCGCCCCACCUGUGUCGUCUCCACCUGCCCCCGCCCCAUGUGCUGUGCCACCCCUUGCUGCUGCUAA